AUGUCUUACGGCGAAGAACACGUCGUUGAGGAAUACGAAGACGAUCAAUUCUACAACGACGAAUACAGUGACGCCGAUCACGACGAUCACAUAUCGUACAACGAUAACGAUUUUAUAUCGAAACCGGUUAAAAGCCCAUGGUGCACAAUCGACGAAAACAUAUUAAGACUCCAGUAUCCUUUGACGGUCAAUCUUUAACGACUUUGUGAAACUAUAAUAGCUUUAGCUGCGUUAUGUACUCAGAAUCUAAAACCAUCAAAAUUAGAUAAAUAUAUUAGACGAAUAAUCUACCAUGGUAUUAUCGCAUGCGAAUUUUAUCGAGGUUCUCAGUUGUACAAUAUCGAUGUUCAUCUCAUGUCCCUCAUAUAUACAGGGUGAUUCAAUAAGCGUGCCCACCACAUUUAUUUGGUUAAAUUUUGCAUAAAUUCAAAUUCUGAUUUUUGGAAGUGUAGUUAAAGCCGAUAUUUUCGAAUACUUAGAUUUUUCCCUACAUUUAAGGAAUAUCCUGUAGUGAUACCAACUUUGGUUUUGCAAAUAAGAACCUAUAUUAAAAAUUCCACAAAUAAACGAAGUAUUACUUUAAAUAAAUUUUGGUGUCAACAUUUUUGAUUUCCGUCAAUCCGUUAACAAGAUAUUCCACUUUUAAGUUUAUGUAGUGGGAGAAUAGUAAAGAAUUAAUAAAAAAGUAUAAUAAAUAAAUACAUUAAUAAACAAUUUAUAUAUAAAAAUAAAAUAAAAAAAUGAAUGUAUGUGUCACCUGGAGUAUUAUGAUAAGUGUAUUAUAACGACCGAUUUCGAAUUAAAAAUUCAUCAUCAGGUAUAUCACAGUCAAAAUGUAAAACGUGAUGGAAUAAAAAAAUUAAAUGAAGUUAAACAUAGAAAAAACUAUUUUGGUCAAAACAAAUUUUAAACAAAUUGGUCGUUUUACAAAAAAUAUAGAAAUAAUUUACUUUAUUAGGAGAGAUCAUUUAAAAUUAGUUAUUAUUAGACAUAUAUUUGUUAAGAAAUAUAUUAUUAUAAAUAUGUUAUUAUUUAUUAUCUAAAAUGUAUUGAUACAAGAUAUUUUUUUUUAAAAAUUGGUUUGAAUAUUUAAAAUAUUAUUCAAAUUAUUUUCCUUUAUUUCAUUGUGUAUGUGUAAUUCUUCUAAAACUGAAUUAAUGUAAAUGUUAUUUUGAGUAUUUAAAAUUUUUAAGCCUGUAUUAUCAAAACGUAUAUUAUGAUUAUUUUCUAAAACAUGUUAAGUGAAUUUUUUUAUUUCAGAAAUGUGUUCAAUUUGUAUAAUUAUUUUUUUCUUUGUAUUUUUUCAUUUAAUUUUUUAUGUUCAGUCGUGUUUUAUAUUUUGACUGUGAUAUACCUGAUGAUGAAUUUUUAAUUCGAAACCGGUCGUAUGAUACACUUGUCAUAAUACUCCAGGCGACGUAUUCAUUUAUUUUUAAUUUUAUUUUUAUACAUACAUUUUUUAUUUAUGUAUCUAUUUAAUAUAUUUAUUUACGAGUAUAAACCAUUUUAAUAAUAAUUUUUGUUUUAACUUUAUUAUUUUAUUAACUAAUAAACCACCGCUCAUCAUGUCACCACACAAAUAAUACAUCACUACUCUCCCCUUGCCCGUACUAAGUUGUAUAUCUCGUUAACGGAUUAACGGAAAUCAAUAAUGUUGACAUCAAAAUGUAUUCAAAGUAAUACGCUGUCAAUUUAUGGAAUUUUAAUUAUUGGUACUCGUUUAAAAAACCAAAGUUACUUGGUAUUGCCACAGGACACUCCUUAAAUGUGAUAAAUUUACGGUAAUUACGAAAUUGAAAAUGAGGAAAUAGGAUAGUCGAUAUAUUAGUGGACAAUGAAUGUAAUAUUAAUAUCACUUUUAUAUUAUCUCAUUGAAAAAAACAUGAAUUUGUUUACUAUGAAAAUGAAUCCUUAAUGAUUGUUUCGGAUACCCUGGGUAGGUUUUUAAUAUUUUUACAUAACUUAAGGCAAAUAAAGUCAAUUAGAAUAUAUCGAAAAACAUUAAAUAUUUCAGUUGAUAAUGAUGCAUUGUCAAAAAUAUAUAUGCCAUAUUAUGAUAAAAUAAUUAAAUAGGCAUUAUAUAUAUAUUUUUUAAUAAUAUUUGUUUAAUAUUGUAUCGAUUUUGACGUUUUUCUCAGUUUUUCACAUUUUCUGGGAAAACUUUUUCGGAAAUCGAAUAAUGAUCUCUUUAAAGUACCACCCCAAGACAAUUUUUUUUCAGAAAAGGGUCUAUAUUGUGCACAAAUAAAUUUAAAAAUUUAAAAAUUUGUAAAACCUAUAUGUUCUUCAUUAAACUCAGAAUCUAAAACAAUACAAUUUAAAUAACUACUUUUUUGAUGAUUUUAAAUUAAAUUAAAAAAUAAUAUAGUUUGUUUUUAUUAUUAGAUCGGUAUUAAUAUAGUUUAACACUGACGAAUCGUAGGAAAUCGUUUAAGGAGUUCGGAAGCGACGAGUUUCCAACUUUGUCUUACACAUGUGUGGUGUAGGGAUUAAGACGUUAUCGGUACGUUUUAAAUCAAACGUACCGAUUGAUCUAAUGAAACGAUUUCUAGAAACAGACUUGAAGUCAAAUUGAAUUCAUUAGAUCAAUUGGUAUGUUGGAAAUAAAAAACGUCUUAAAAAAAGUCCUUAUAUCUCACGUAUGUAAGACAAAGAAAGAAACUCGUCGCUUCCAAUCUCCUUAGGCAAUGUGAGUAAACAGCUCUGAGUAAUUCACACGAGUGCUUAAUAAUUAUAACAAUAUUUAAAGAUACAAUUUAGGAUUGAAGUAAUUUAUUUGUAAUGAUAUUCUGCCGGUUUUUAUAGUACCUACUUGAAAGUUCCUUAAAUGAUUCCAUUGUCUAUAAUACAGUUACUCGUUCGGUUACGAAAGUUCGAAAAUUUUCAAUUUGUGUGCUGCCGACGAUCAUACGAUUGUGUACGCAGCCGGUAGUUACAUCGCCGUGUUCGAUGUCAAAACCGGUAGUUUGUAUUUUAGAAAAUGCGCCGGGAACGGAGGGAUUGGACACAUAACCGUGAGUCCGAUUUGAACUUUUCUUUUGAUAACAGAUAAUAUCAAAAAAGAAAACCUAAUUAAUUUGUUCAAUCAGAAAAAUCCGGUAUUCGGUCACCUGGCCAUCGGAGAGAACUGCAACGAUCCGUUGAUUAUUGUUUACCAAUGGCCGACCCUCAAAAUAGUCAGCGUUUUAAAAGGAAGCGCAAAGAAAAAAUAUAACUGGUUGACAUACAGGUAUAAGGAUUUCAUUUAUUUGUAGAAGUAAUUCUACAGUAAAAAAGACCUGCGGAAUAAUAUACUAUGGUUAUUUUUGUUUUUUUUUUUUUUUUUAGUCAAAACGGUAAAUAUUUGUGUUCGCAAGCAGGUGAACCGGACAAUAUGCUUACGAUAUGGGAUUGGAAAAAAUCGAGAAUCAUUCAAAAGGCUAAAUCGCAUACCCAGGACGUGCACGUAUGUAGGUUUUCGUCGUAUAUACCUGAACACUUGGUGACCGCGGGCUCGGGACACAUCAAAUUUUGGAAAAUGGCCCAAACCUUUACUGGACUAAAGCUUCAGGGUUAUCUAGGACGGUUCGGGAAAACGGAUAUAUCUGACGUGGUCGGGAUAUUGUCAAUGCCCGACGAAAAAGUGCGAAUCGCUUCUUUAUAAUAUUAUUAUUAUAUUAUACAUUACGAUAAUUUUCGAAGAUUUUUAUUUUUGUUUGCCGGUCAGGUUAUAUCAAGUUGUAACUGGGGAAAUGUAUUAGUGUGGGACGAAAGCCUGGUGGCACUCGAGGUGAUGCGGAAAGAGAGGAAACCGUGUCAUUUGGCACCGAUUAUCAUGUUGUUAAAUUCCGAAUUUACUGCGGAGUUGAUCACCGUCGGCAUGGACGGUACGAUUAAAUUUUGGUAUUACCCGACGAUCGAAGACGCGGACCCGCCGGAAAACGACCGAGUACUGGAAAUGGAACCAUCAUUCAUCAUUAAUGUCCAGGACUCGAUGGGCACGGCUAAAAUUACAGGCAUAUGUAAACUCGACUCAGGUAACCCGAGCUCACAAGACUAUUUUAUACAAGUAAGUAUAGAGAAGAACCGACUGUAAACAAUAUGCCCGUCUCUCACACUCGUCGUCACACUUAUCGUCCAUCUUUUCCUUUCAUACGUUGCUUUUUCUUUCCAUUUUGAACAUACGCCGCGUAGUAAUCGCGUAGUAACCGUAGUAACCGCGUAGUCCUUUUUACCACAUCUUUUAACUUGUUCUGCGGGGACUUCUAUAGAGUUCUUUGUUCACAUGAAUCCUGUUUCAUCGUCUCUUUUUAUAUUUAACUCAUUCCGCUUCUCAUAAUAUAUCCAGCAUAUUAUUAUUCUCCUUAUUACGUCUACGAUGUACUUUAAUAUUGCUCUCUGGAUUAAGGUCUCCAUUGCCCAACACACUAGUGCACAUACGGAGGUGCUAGGGGGUACUUGUUACUCCUAAAUCUCAAAUGAGCAUCCCCAGAUUUUCAGCUAAAUAAAAUAAAUAUCAUACUCAAAUUGUAUUCAUAUGAGAUAAGUAAUGACUAUUAUAAAAGUGUGUAUUGAUUUAUAUUAUGUAUACGAGUAAUACAUAUAUUAAUAAUUUAUGUUAUAUUAUUAUGCAAGUCAGACACAUAUUAAGAAUUUUAUUUUGAGAAUAACUAAUCAAAAUGUAUAAACUUUGUCAUACAGUAAAAUAAAAAAGAUGUCCUAGGAUAAUGGGGAUGGGUGCAACCACCGUUAUAUGUAACUUAAUAUACGAGUAUAUCUAUAAGCAACGAUUAACCAUUGCUAACGAAAAAAAACAAUUCUCAACUAAGUUCGGUUGAUUGUGUUGAUUUGUCAACGAUAUAUAUAUAUUAUGGUAAAAUAAUUACAUAUGCAUUAUAUAUUUUCUUUAAUAAUAUUUAUUUCAUAUUUUACCUAUUUUCCCGUUUUUUCUAAGUUUUUUCCGUUUUUUUUCCAUUUAUUCGGAAAACUCAUAGGGAAAUCAAUAAUUGACCUUCUUAAAGUACCCCUCCCCACUUAUUUUUCAUUUUAGAAACAGUGCUAUCAUUGUAAAUCGGAAUAAAAUAAUAAUGCUAGUAGAAAAGUUGUCAACAGAAAAAAGACCAUAAUAUUUUACUAAUACAUACAUAAAAUUACGUAUAUAUACGUAUUAUACGUACAUACAAUUUCCCGUUUUCCUCCCUUUUUUCCCAAUUUUUUUCCAUUUUUUGAGAAAAUUCCGCGGAAAAUAAAAAAACCCCUCAUAAAUUGCCCUCAAAAAUAAAAUAAUAAUAAUAAUGAUAAACAUUAUUGUAAAGCCAAUACAUUCCUUGCUUCGCUCAGAAUCUAAUAUUAUAUUUAAUGUACCUAUCAUAAGAUAAGAUCAUUUAUCAUAAUAUAGAAUAGAUACUAAAUGUCAGUAAGGUUAGGUUUAAAAUCAAGAAAAAGUAAUAUAAGACUAUUGCAGUGCCUUUUAUAUAAUAUGGAAAUAAUUUUUAGUUUUUCUUAAAAUUUCGGUAGGGAGGAGGCUGCAUCCUACCUAUCCUCUCUCCCAGCCUCUAAUAUAAAUUCAUAUUAAAUGUUUUCAUAUUUUUAAGGAGAUACCUAUCUCUUGUUGGUUAUUUAUUAGACAAUGAAAGGUUCAUUAUUGAAAAUAGGAUCUCAUCAUUUCAAUUUUGUUUAUUUAAUGUACAAGUAAUAUAUAACUUUAUUUUAAAUAUCGAAUUAGUUGAAGGUGAAGGCGACCCCCCGUGAUACUAUAACGUAAAUAAUUUUAAUACUCCCAAGUUUUAAACUGAAUGUGUGCCAAUGGCUCUAUAUUAUUCCUCUCCUUCUUUACUCUACACUAUCAAUGUACCAUUAGUUUUUGGUCCUAAAAUGUUUCUUUCUAUAGGAUUAAGACGUUUUUCUCGUUUAAUUUUCUUAGAGGGCCGCGUUUUUGUUCCGUGAAAGAUUCACUUAAUAUGUCGAUUAAACAAAUAAUCCUUUUCUGACACUUUUAUUACUUAUUAGGAUAGUAACGGAGGAUUAUGGCUGGUGGACAUCAAAGUGACUGCAAACGCCAAACCUCUAAAACGAUUGGCUAAAUUCCACGGCGACCAGAUCACUUCUCUACAAGCGUCACCCGUCGAUUAUUUUAUCGCUACCACGUCGUUGGACGGAUGGUUACACGUAUACGAUGUGGUGAAUAAAAAACUAAUAUUUAUGCACAAUUUCGCGGUACCGAUCACAUCGUCAAUUUGGUUACCGUUAAAAGUAAAGUUAAAAAUAGAAUCGUAUAAUAGCACACUGUGUUCGCGUUGCACGUAAAUAAAUAAUAUUUGCGAAAGUUAGAUAUCGAAUUUGGGAAAUAUUUUCGUGAUUGGAUUUCAAACGGGAAUUUUGAAAACGGUCUCGGUAUCAUUUACUAUGACUUCCUCAGCGAGAAAAUUUGCAGACAUUAUAGGAGACAAAAAUGCACGUCUCACCGUACUACAAGUAAUAAUAACUAUCGGUCUCAAUAUAAAUAUUAUCUAUACUCUUAUAAACUCACGAGAAAUUGUUUUUCAGAGUUCUAAACCUCACACUAACAGCAUCAGACACUUGGUCGUGAACCGCGGCGCUAACGUUCUCGUAUGUGGAAGUGACGAUCAUUCGAUAUUUAUGUAUAAAAUAGAAACGGGACCUUUCAAGUUGAAACCAAUCGGAACGUUUCUGUUAUCCGGAAAAGUUACUUUUAUUCAUUGGAAACCUUCAGAAGUAAAUCAAUUUACGUAAAAAAAUAUCUAAUAAAAGCACUAAUGCGUUCGCAUAACACUUUCUUAAAAAUUAAUUUCAGAAACAAACAGCAUUAAUUAGCUGCGAUAGUGGCCAUAUUGUAGAAGUCAAAGUUCCUAAGAGUCGACCGUUGUACACGAAAAAUUCGUUUUUGCUUCAACUCGAAUCACGAACAAUAAAAACAGUGAGCAUCAAGUCGGAAUUAAUCCGCGACGAAUUCAUCAAAGAGGUGGAAAAAAAGAAAAAAGAGAAAAUCGACAAAAAGCGAGAAAAAUUGCAAAUAAUUCGAGCAGAAAAUGCUGGCGUAGAAAUCGACGAAGAGUUGUACCUUCAAGAUUCGGAAGAAGACGAAGAAAUACCUAAACUAUUUGUUCCCGCGAUACCGAAUCCCAUACUGUUUGCUGUUUACACUCCGUCCGAGAAAAGUGUAUGGGUGUCCAUUGACGGAUACGACGCCGGUUACUUGUACGAAUACGAUUUCAACUCGUCCAAACCGAUUGAAUCGACAAGGAUACCCGGUUUAAAAAAUAGCAUACCGCUAACCGCGAUUAAUACAUUGUAAGUACCUAUAUCAGUGAUUUGCAUCAUUCGAAGUGUUCCUCGAAAAUCGUUUGAGGUUCGCUAGUUAACUGUAACUAAGUAGUAAAAGUAGACACUCGGGCUUAUUGAUAGAUAUCCAAUUGAAAAUAUUGAAGUAUUUUCAACGUAUAAGACGUAACGACGGUCAAAAUGUCUACUGGCGUUUAUAUUAUUUCUAUUGUUUUACAGGGCGUCCGAUGAUGAAUCGAUAACAAUUUUAUUGGGAUUUGCCGACGGAAAAAUUCGCGUUGUAAAUGUGAACGUUGACGAUUUAACCGAUUUCAAUGACUAUAUCGAAUACUCGAUACACGACAACAUAACAGGAAGAAUACAAACGAUAUGUUUUAGUCAAGACAAUCGUAUGCUAUAUACCUGUGGAAACGAUCGGAACAUUUUCAGUUUUUUGUACCAAUGCGAUUCCGAUGUCGUUGAGAAGUGUAUGGUUCCGACUUUCGAAAUGCCCCGGCCGGCCAAAAUAAUUGCAAGUUGAAACGUUCAAGUAUAUAGGGUGAUUUUGUAAGCAUGUUCGUCCUAUAUUUAUGGUUAAACUAGAAGUAACCCACACACUGUUUUUUUCACAGUAUUACAGGGAUAUCGUUACCAAAUUUGGUUUUUCACAUGAGCCUACAUGUUUUAUUUUAAAUUGUUAAUCAAAUGAUUUUUCUAAAAAUGUUGACGUAUUUUAAUCGAUAUUACAACAAAAAUUGUCCAAGUUAUUCUCCUUUAAACACUGAGGAUAAUAGUCUAACGAUGAUUAGAUACCGAUAAUUUCAUAGGAGUUGUAUAUAGGCAAUUUCUUAUUUUGAAUCGUACAGUAAUUGGAAAACCGAUUUUAUGAUAUUGUCCUUAGUAUUUAAAAUAGAAUAACUCAGUAACUUUUCGAUCAAAUUUGGAUGCAUAAUAAGUCAAUAUUUGCAGAAAAAUCAUCCGAUUGACAAUUUAAAUGAAAGUAUGUAGUUUUUCAUUUGAAAAUCCAACGGUGGUAUUACUACAGGAUACUCCUCAAUUGCUAUGAAAAAUUUAAGUAUUCGAAAAUAUCACCAUUUACUAAAUAUAAAAAUUCCAAAAAUUAGAAUUUUUAAUUAUGCAUAAUUUACUAGAAAAAUGGGUUGAGCAUGCUUAAAAAAUGUUUAUUUAUGGUUUAUUUAUAUAUAUGUAACAGGAUUAAAUAACAAAUGCAAUAAUUUUCUAUUGAGUAUUUUUAAAUUAUUUUUUGUAUUAAUAAUUCUAAAUUUUUACGUUAUAACUUUUAUAUAUUUUUACUUUACAACUAAAAAAAAUUACUGACAUACUUCAUACGCAGGUGCAGCCACCAUUGUAAGUGAAAAAUUAGAAAGGUAGGAUUUAACGGGGAAUUUAAUGAAUCUGUACGCAGCGAUUAAUCAUUUCUAACCUAAAACUAUUCUAAACAGAGUUCGGUUAUACCUGUUUUAAAGGGCCGUAAUAUUUACGGUAAAAAUGUUAAAACAUUUCAUAUAUUUUCCCGGUUUUUCCCAUUUAUUGGGGCGACUCCUAGAAAAAUCAAAAAAUGACCUUUUAGAAAGUACCACCCCAGGUAAAUUCCCUUUCAUUAAAAGUUCUAUACUUGAUACUUAAUAUACUUGAUUCAUAACUUAAUAUCGUGUACACGAUAUAAAACAAUUAAAAUUUAAAAAAAACACAUCAUUGAAAACCCAAUACAUUCCUCGCUUCGUUUAGAAUCUAAAAUUUUCUUAAAACUCAAAUUUAUUCCUUGCUUAUUUUACGACCGAUACAUUUUUUUUGUCUAAUAAUAAGUGAUUCAGACUUACAGCUCAAUUUAAUAUGAUUAGAAUAUUAUUAAAUUGUACAAUAUUUCAUGGAAAAAUAAUUUUAAAAUUUAAGCGCGCAAAAAAUGGCAUAUUCAACAAAACUUUAAAAACUGUUUAAAAAUAAUUAACUCAAUCAUAGUAAAAGUUUUCGACAUCCAAAUUUUUCUAAAUUCGGAUUUAUAAAAUGUUAUCUUGAUUUUUUUUUUUAAUUUUAAGUAUAAUUUUCCAUUUUCUUAUUUCAAAUUUUUUGAAAAUUAAAAUUCAAUUCAAAAGUAUUUAAAUUAUAGCGCCAAAAUAAAAUAAUAAUUGAAAAAAAAAAAUACAAAAUAUUCUGUAUAAAAAGAUUUAUUACGUUUGUUAAAUAGUCCUGUUACAUUCUGACAAAUGAAACUAACAAAUUUACGGCGUACGAUUUCAUUAAUUUAAAUUUGGACGGUCUAAGUUUUAUACCAGAAAUUCCAAACGAAAAACAACACAGGAAUUAUUGUGUUGUAUUUGAGAUCUAGUUGGUAAGUAAAAACGUCGUUUUUUGAUUUUCCGUGGUGUUUUUUUUCAAUUAUUGAGCAAAACUGGGAAAAAAACGUAGGAAAAAAGACUGACAUAAUUCAAACGACAAGUUUUUUGAUUUCCUCAAGUUUUCUUAUCAAAUGUGAAAAACCAAGAAAAAACGGGAAAAUCAGUACUUAUAUGAUUAUUUUAUAAUUAUAUAAUUUAUAUAAUAAAAUUAAAAUUUAUUAUAAUUUAUUACUAAUAUAUUUUUAUAUAAUAUAAUUUUAUAAUUAUUCUAUACUUAUUUGAUUAUUUUAUCAUAAUAUAACAUACAAAGUGUGGCUAUUAAACAACGAGACUACUCGCCUAGAAGGCGCCCUAGAUAGGUAGUGAAGAAAACGAGUAAUGCGUUGGGUAUCUAGAUAUCUUAUCUAUGCACGUACCAAAACACGUUUUCGUCACUAUAAUAGAAUUUGUGCAGUAGUGGUUUGAAACGAACGUGUUUUUUUCUCGUGCUGUAAACCAUGUGUGACGAAAAACAUGAGCAACGGAUAAACGUAAAAUUUUCUCGUUAAACUAAAAAAAACUCCAACUGAGUGCUAUAAGUUGUUAAAAGAGGCCUAUAGUGAGGAUUUCCUAUUUCGGGCGCGUGUUUUUGAGUGGCAUAAAUUAUUUUCUGAAGGUCGAGAGUGCACCGGAAUCCAAUUCAGUCGUAAUCCAAAUUCAAAACCGUUUUCUUCGAUAUCAACGGCAUCGUGAUGACUGAAUGGGUUCCAGAGGGUCAAACUGUGAACCAACAUUACUAUUUGACAGUUUUGGCAACAUUGCGCGAAUGAGUUCGUAAGAAACGGUCGAUAUUGUGGAAAAACAAGUCGUGGAUCUUGCACCAGGAUAAAGCGUGAAACGUUAUUUGGCCGCUUAAGGCACUUCAGUACUCGAACACGCGUCUUACUCACCCGACUUGGCACCCUGUGACUUUUAAUUGUUUCCGAAGAUAAAGUCUGCCUUAAAAGGAAUCCGGUUUGAGUCGAUGGAAGAGGUGAAACGAAAAUCGGCGGAACUCCUGAAUGGUCUUACGAAAACAGACUUCCAGCACUGCCUCAAGCAAUGGAAGAAACGAAUGAAACGGUGUGUGAAGAGGGGAAGGGAGUAUAUUGAAGGGGAGCAUUUGAAUGUAGAAUAACUUUUAUAAUAAAACCAUUUUUCAUAAGCAGUCUCAUAAAUUUAAUAGCCAGACCUCGUAUUAUAUAUUGUUGACAAAGCAUCACUAUUAACUGAACUCACUCACAAUCGUAUUUCGUUACCAAUCACUGCUUAAAUAUUUAAAUCAAAUAACUUAAUGUAUACUAACUUCCCAAUUUUUCACCUACAACAAUUGUACCUACCCGUAACUACCCGUCAGUAGUAUUAGUUCUAUUUUUGUCCGUUAACAACUUAUCGCCGAGAGACUAUACGAAACGCCACACAACUCAGAGUUACAAUACACCGAACGUUGUGACGUCUAUUCGACGUCGUUCCACAUGCUCCCCUGGUAUUCAAUAUUAUUUUUUUGACUAUUGUCUUAAAUAUUAACCUACAUGAUAAAAAAUAUACAGUGGAUAUUACUGCUGCGCUCUAGUGGUUUAAUUUGUAAUUUUGUUUUUGUUUAUACACUGAUAGUAUAAAACUAGAUGGUGCAUGAAGCACUUCAAAUAUAAUAUUAUAUUAAACUAGAUGUCUCGUAUUACCGGUAAACGGUGAAUCAUGCACAGUAUUGUACGAAAAACAGUUUAAAAAUAUAAAAACUUUUCUUUUUGUGUUUCUCCCUCCUCCUCAAUUACUGUUAAUCGUUUGUUGUCCAGAAAUUAUUAUGCUCAUUAACUUAUUAUACAUUGUCCUUACAAAACCUGUUUUUUUUUUAUAUUCGUGUCAUCAAUGUAAUCAAUAAAUCAAAGAAAUAAUACAAAUAUUAAUUAUACCUACUUAGGUUUUUGUUUUUGAUUUGUACUUGGUUUCUGCUUAAUUUCGUUGUUUGAUUUGUAUAUCAUUUUUAACAAAAUUAUUAAAGUUUAUUAACGGUUAGUUGUAAAAUAAAUAUUUUAAAGAAUUUAUUAUUAACUAAGUAUUAAUAAUAAUAGUAUCUAUUCUAUAAUUAUAAUUACUUUUAUUAUUAUUCAAGUAAAAAAAAAAGAAAAUUUUGUGUUGGUUAUAGGUAAUUAAUAAACAUUUAAGCAGAAUGUAUAAUAUGUACAUGUACGCAUAUGUGCGUAUGAAUACACAUGUACGUAUUUGGGUGGGGAGUAUGUGGAAAGAGGACGAAAGUGUCGGGGUGGCAAUUUGUGGGAUGCCAGGGCAUCCCACACUUUAAACAUUGAGUGAGGGAUGAAAUGCCGCUGAGUUGCAGUGAUUUCCCUUCUCAGAGAGCAGGGUGGAGGUAAAUAUAUUAUGUAUACCUAAAUUAAGUACUAAAUAAACCUACCAAAGAAAAACAACGUAAAAAAAUUCGAAAAUGUACAAUGCCUAUAUAAAUAGCUCACAUACUGCUAGAAUAAUUUGAACAUUUUACCACGUAUUGAAAAGGUUAAUAUAAUCAUUCCGUGAAAAGUUCUCUACUGUAAUUUUUAACCAAUUUACAAAAAAAAACCCAAAAUCGAAAAUAACGAAAUUAUUUAUGCCAUAAACUUUCUCGUAUUUCCUACGUUUUUUUCCGAUAUUUUUUAGUGACAUCUUUCUAAAAACUUGAAUUUACCGUUAAGAAAUAAUGUUAAUUACAAAUCGGUUGUUUUGAACAUUUCAAAAAACUAACUAACUAAAAGUAAUUUUCUUUCUGUGAUUAAUUGGUUAUUAUACAAUCUAAAUUAUUAUUAUUAAUUUUUUUCCAAAUGUUUGUCCCCUGAAAAAAAAUCCGAUUGGGAAAAAACAAUUUUAAUAAUUGUAAUAAUAUACAGUGAUUAAUUUUAUUCAAAUUUUAUGUAAUAUUGAUUACUGUUUUUUUUUUCAAUGGUUGUGGAAUUGUUUAAGUUUUAUUUUAAAACUAUUUUUAAUUUUUUACCCUUAUUCCAUAUACCUUAAAUAAGUAUAAAUGUUUGUCUAAACAUUUUGAUAUGCAUAUUAUAAGUGUUAAGACCGGAUGAGUAGAGAAUGGUGAUAAAUUGAUAAGUUUUUUCUACUUCUUCGGUGUAAACGAUUAUGACUUAUAUACGGUAAAUCUCAUACUAGUGUUAUGCAUAUCAGAAAAAUUAAUUCCAGAAAUAUAUUUCCAUAUUUUCCAUAUUUCCAGAAAAAUAUUUUUUAUUCCAAUAUGGGUUCCUAAUUGAAAAACAAAAGUAAAUAAUUAUUAUGUAUUUAUUAUUAUUAUUUAUGGAGUAGAAACAAAAAAUUAAAAAUAAUUUUAAAUUAUAACUUAAAUGAUUCCACAAUGAUUAAAGAAAUAAUUAGAAAUCAUUCAUUUAAAGUCCUCUGAGAAAAUGGCUGGUUCACGAUUAAAAAAUCCCCCCGCCUAUAUAAUCUAUAGGUUAGGUAUAUACCUUCUAUAUAAUUUGCAAAACAAAUAAAUAUAUAUAUAUAUAAAGAUAUACAUUAUUAAUUUUUAUAACAAUUAAUUAGGACAAAGAUAUUAUACAUACGAAAGAAAAUCUAACAUUCAGUUUAGAAGAGACAAAGGUUAAUAAGGAACGAUACAAAAACACAUACUUGGCCAACAAAGAAAAAGAAAGAGUCAUCUUUUUGUUGCAUACGCUUAAAGAACAAUUUAAACAAGUUUUUGAUGCCAACAAGGCACUACCGAAACGAUUACAGUUUCCGCAAGAUUAUUUUCAACUCCACGAAAAAAUUGACGAUUCACUUAUUUUAGAAGCACAAUCCGAAAUGGAUAAAUUACACGCGAGAUUCGAGUUCGAUUAUGAAAAGAGCUUACUAAGUCUCAACAAAGUGAAAAAUUAUUUUGUUGGUCCUGUUGUAACCGCUAAGUACGAAGUUCGAGCAGUAUUGUACGUGUAAUUUCAUAUAAAUAGGAAGUUGGUGUUUUUUUUUAAUUUAUAAAUUUAUCUUAAAUUAAAUAUUCACAGACAAACCACAGGAGUUAAAACAAUAUACCAUAAGGAUCAUCAACAUAUAUACAGUAAUUUAGUCGAAGAGUUCAUAUCUAAGAAACACAAAACACGACGGUGAGUUUUUGAAUUUAACAAUAUGUAACAUAUUGAAAAUAUUUUUUUUUUUAAAUUAACUUAAACAUACGCAUAUAUUUAUACACGCUAAUAAAUCUAAAUGGGAAUAAAAAGAAGCAAACUGGUGUAAGGUUUGUAUGCGUACAUUAAUUAAAACUAACAGAGCGAUAAGAAAUUAAAUAAACUGUUAAUAACUCGUAUAUCUACUUAGGUAGUUUAAAAUUUAAAUAAAAAACGAUUUUUGUAUUCACAUAAGUAAUAGUAUUUCGCAAUGUUUAGACCACAUAAAUUGACGGUAUUGUUAAAAUCCAACGACAAUCCAAGUCAUAACGCAAACGAAUCAGAAAUUUUUCUCCGUAAUAUGCUUGAGAGGUAUCAAUUUUUCCCAAAGAAAAUUCAGAUUGCCAUUGAUAAGUACUGUGAUCGAAUAACCUAUGAAAAUGAAAAAUUGCUUAAUAUUGAAAUGUUUGAAAAAGAAAAUAGAAAGGAUAGUGAUAAUAAUAACGAAGACUAUGAAAUAGAAAAUGCUAGGGAAACUAUUGGUGACUUUAAAUUAAAAACGUCGCCGCACUUCAAACCGUCUGAUGAGCAAAAAGUUUCGAUGGAAGACAAAUAUGAACAAUUUUUAUAUGUUAAAGAGGAAGUUGGUUUUCUAUGUUUUAGUUAAAAUUUAAACAAGUAGAUAACUAAUUAUAAAUUAUACAUUUUUUUUUUUAGCUUAACUCCUUAAAAUCUAGUUUUAAUGUAAAAAUUGCUGACUUAAGACAACGUAAAAUUCAGUUAUUAUACGACUACAAACAAUUCAAAUUCGAUAUAAAUAGGAUAAAAAAUGAAUUAGGUGAUGAAGAAAUAACAAGUCCCCCGAAUUUUCCAGAAGUGUUAGUAGACGAAUCUAUUGAUGUAAGAAAUAAAUACAUAAAUAAUAUAUGUAAAUCAUAAUAUUAGAUUUUAAAUGAAGCUUUGGAAUGUAUUGGUUUUAUUUAAAGUAUGUAUUUAAUUUGGAGAUGUAUAGUUUUUAGAUUCAGAGUGGAUCGAAGAAGCUUAUAGUUUUAAACAGAUUUUUUUUUUCUGUGGACAACUUUUCUACCAGCAAUUUCGCUCCAACUUUUAAUAACAGCAAUGUUUCUAAAAGGGAAUUUUACUAGCGAAGUAUAUUAUUGAGGUCAUUUUUCGAUUUUCUCAAGACUUUCCCAGGCAAAUGAAAAAAACCGGGAAAAACACAGGAAAACUGGAAAAUUCGGUACUACAUUAAACAAAUAUUAUUUAAGAAAAUUUAUAAUGUCUAUUUAAUCAUUUAACUAUAAAAUGGCAUAUAUAUUGUUAACAUCACUAUCAACUGAACUCCGCUCAGAAUUGUUUUUCCGUAAGCAAUGUUUUAUCGUUGCUUAUUGGUAUACAUUAAAUUAUCUACAACAGUAGCUGCACCCAUCCCCAUUAUUCUAGGAUAAUCUUUUUAAUAUUAUACAUAUUUCCCCGGUUUUCCUACUUUUUGGCCGGUUUUCUUAUGUUUUUUCCCAGUUUUUCACAUUUACUAUGAAAUCUCCUGAGAAAAUCAAAAAACGAUCACUUUAGGUACCUCCCCACACUGAUUUCCUUUCGGAAAAAGUGCUAUACGUAAAAAUUUGGAGCAAGUCUUCUGGUAGAAAAGUUGUACAUAGAAAAAAAAAACAUCUUUGUAAAACCAUAAGCUUCUUCGCUCUACUCAGAAUUUAAAAUUCAAAUACACAAUAGUAAAAUCAAUCUUUCUACGCUCAGAUACUAAGAGUUGCCCGAAUGUAGUAUUUAUUAUUAUAAGCGUGUUUUAAGAUUGCAAUUUUAGUAAAAAUUACAGCAUUUUAAAACAUAUAUAACCGGACAACACUCACAAUCAUUUUUCUUUAGCAAUGGUUAAUGGUGAUUUUGUAGAAAAAGCACAAGGGGUCCAUGCCCUCCUCCCUCAUUCGUCGUAAUAAAGUAUAUAACUAAUUUAGUAACUACAAACGAAUUUAACCUUACGUAAUAUACACAUUAUUGUAUAAUUGGUACAUAAUUGUCAUAAUCUAAAAGUAUAACUCAUAGUGUUGAGAUGUACAUGACUCCAUGAAAAACAUUUUUUGAAACAAUAGUUUGUUAAUACAAAUGUCUUGUAGAAUAAAAUAUAACCUUAUUAUUAAAGAAUAUGUACAUUUUUAAACUGGGAAUGUUUAUUUGUUUUUGGAAGAAAAAUUAGCCCGCAGGAGGGGCAGCUAUCCACCCAACCCCUCCCCCCAUGCACACGCCUAUAAUCAACUUACAGGCUACAAUAGGGGCAUAAUAAUCAGUACAGUAUUAGAAAUUUUUUUUCCAUGUAGUUUUAUUUCUCUACUUCUUCACCUUCACCUUCAUCCCAUCAAAACUAUUUGGGUCGGCCACGUGUAGUUUCGAAAAGUAGGAAAGAAACUGAUCAAUUUUGUUGUAAUUCAAGUUUUCCUUUGUAACAAAGAAAAAAAAAUACUUAUAAUGAUUUAUCAUUGCCUACUAAUAUAAUUAUAUAUAAUCACACACCUUGCAUUCCAACUUGAUUUCUAAACAGUUUCUAAACAUUUAUCAACAGUAUCAGCGUUUUUUUUUAGUGAUUGCAUUUUGAAAUUAUAUUGUGUUUCAAACUGAUGUAUUAACUGUUAUUAACUAUUGAUCAUAAUCUGUUUUUUAUAGACACAUUAAAACAUGUAUUUAUCGUAUUUUAUAUCAAAAAUUAAUACAUGUUUCAGCCUAAUUUAAUCGAUUCGUAUGAAGAAGUUUAUCAUCCUAUUCAAUUGGAUUUUAUUUUAAACCCCCGAAUAAGUCAAUUAUACGUAAAGUCAAAAAACGAUUCAAACGAAAAGUCUUCCUAUUUAGAACCAAUGUUGCAAAAAAUGUUGAAAGAUAACUUAAAAUAUAAACAUAAAUGUUUGCAUGAAUCUAUGUUAACAAAAAUUACUAUGUUCGAUGAUCAACUUUUCAUGUUAAAGAGAUUACGAAAAGACGUUAAAUCACAGAUCACUUUUUUAGAAUUAUUCUCUUUGACGUUGGAAGAUGAGUUACUAAUUUUGAACGAUUAUAAUUUACUGGAAGAUGAAUAUGCAUACCGAGUACAUAUAAAAACUGGACAAAAAAAUGCUAAAAUUGACAAGGUCCUUGAUAAAUCAUUAAUUUAAAAUUACUUAUUGAUUUUAAUAUACCAUCAUUUUUAUUGUAGAUAAUGCAACUUCAAGAUGAUAUAGGAUAUUAUAAACAAAUAAUAAAUGACAAAUUAAAUGCAAUAGAAGACAUCCAGCGUAGCUUUGAAUUAGAAAUUCAAUAUAGCGAUAAAUUUGCAAAACUUCUAAGAGCAAUUUUCAAAAAAAAAUUGAAAAUUCCUAAAGUUAAAACCGAAGACGAUGACGGUAUAACAUUGUAUAACUAUAAUUUUCAUUAUUACAAAUAAUUUGUGUGCACAUGGUUUUUUGGUUUGUAUUCAAAUUUAAAUGUUUUUACAGAUUCCUCAUCAUCUUCUUCGUCCGACGAUAGUGAUGACUCUGAUUCAGAAACUGAAAAUGUUAAAAUUGAGGAAUGUGACCCCGCAAAAUUAGCAUUCACUAUUGAGUUGAGAUCAAAACGAUAUGAAAUAUUAAAAAAUGUAGACGCUAAAAAAAUGAUAGUAGAAUCGAGAACUAAAAGUUUAGUAGUGGCUUACACAGAACUGAAGACCAUUGAAAACGAAUUAAAGAAUAAUUUAGUUGAACUAGAAGUAUACCAGGUUAAAACUUCACUUUAAUAAAUACAUUUGAAUAGGUAGGUAUUGGAAAUUUCCCUCCAAUCAAAAAAUGUCAAGAUAUCUUUUUCGUUAAAUUUGUGUAUCUAGUUGGAACAUUGUGAAGAUAAAUUUUUCAUUUUUCAAGUAGCAACAUAAUAAAUGGGGGGGGGAAAGACAUCCUAGGAUAAUUGCAGUCACAGGUGCAGCCACUGUUAUAGAUAAUUUAAUGUAUACCUGUAAGCAACAUUAAACCAUUGCUUAUGAAAAAACGAUUCUGAACAUAGUUCAGUUUAUAGUGAUACUUUUUCAAAAAUACAUAUGUUAUUUUAUAGUAAAAUAAUUAAAUAGGCUUUAUAUAUUUUUUUAAAUAAUAUUUGUUUAAUGUUGUACCGAUUUUCCUUGUUUUUCGUACAUUUUUCUUGGUUUUUCACAUUUGCCUGGAAAACUAUUGAGAACAUCAAAAAAUUACCUCUUUAAAGCACCUCUUCACACCAAUUUUCUUUCAGAAAAGGUGCUACAUGUAGAAAUCCGAGUAAGUCUUCUGGUAAAAAAGUUGCGUACAGAUCUUUGUAAAACUACAAGUUUUUUCGCUCCACUUAGAAUUUAAAACGUAAAAUAAUAACAAACAAAUGUAUGCGUUACAAUUUCAUUAUUUUAAAUUUUAUUGGUUUGGUUUUUUGGUUGGGCCAGAAAUUUUGCACCGAAAUUCAAGUACUUUUACCAUGUUUAGUUGCUGUUAAAAAAAAAAUAUUUUGAUUGCUCGUAUGCAUGGACAUCGACUAUGCUCAGCACCUCACGAAAUAAAAAAUUAAAAUGCAACAAUUUGUAAACACGCAUUAUUACUGGAUUUGGAUGCAAAUAUAAUUAUGUUAUACAAUUAUGUAUAUUCUAUUUUUAUGACAUUUUUUUUUUGAAUUCUAUAUGAAGUGAGGAAUGUAUUCGUUUUAAAAUUAUGUUUAUUUUUCCUUUUGUGUGAACACUUUUACUACCAGAACGUAAACUCCGAUUAUCAAGUAUAACACUUUUUCUGAAAGGAAAUGUUCUUAGGGUGGUAUUUUAAAGAGGUAGUUUUUUAAAUUACGCAUUAAUAUUCGAGAUAAUGAGGAAAACCUUGGUCUUAAGGUUCAAAAAGAUGGAAAGAUUAAAAAUAAGGUUAUCAUUGGCAACCAUUUUUAUUUAUUUUUUAUAUCUAAACAAUUUUGUUUAAACAAAUAUUUUGACAAUGUUAAUGAGAAUUUCAAAAAAUAACUUCUCUAAAGUACCACACUGCAAAAAAUAUUUCCUUUUAGAAGAGGUCUUAUACUUGAUAAUCAGAGUAAGUUUUUUGGUAGAAAAAGUGUUUUAAUAAAAAAAUUAAUAAAUAAACAUCAUUUUAAAACGAAAACAUUGCUCAAAAUAUAAAAUGGUAAAGUUUACGCAAAUAACGGUUUUAUUAUUUUUGUUUUAUUUUUCGUUGUAAUUCAAUCAAAAUGUAUUCUAGACCUCAAUUUUGUAGUGUCAUGGUAACAUAUUUAAAACAUUCUGGUAAUUUUUGAGCUCUUCUAGACAUUUAAUAAUUUCUAGUUUUUUUAGUUUUUAUUUGGUAAGCAUUAUAUGUAUACAGAUAAAAUCAUUUGAAAAAACAAAAAUUCUUGAAGAUGUAUUACAAGGUUCAUUAUAAGGUUACACUUAUAGUGGAAAAAAAAUGAGUUAGGCGUAAUGUAGUAGUUUUUGCCUUUAACAUUUUAUAACUAAAUAAUAAGGAAAAUUACUGCAUUUCAAAACAUGUAUAACCAAACUUUACUCUGAAUUGUUUUUUUUAGCUAUGGUUUAUCGUUGCGUACAGAUAUAAAUUAACUGACUUAACUAUACGUAUCCUACUUUUCACCUACAAAAGUGGUACACCUAUAUUCUCAUACUCAGUAUCAGUUCUUUUUAUUUAUUAUUUAUUAUUACUUUUUGAAAUAUAGAUUCAAAAACAGUUGAAACUAAACGAUGUUGAUAUGGUAAUAGUAUUUUAUAAAUCUCAAAUGGCCGAAGUUAAAUUACUUAAAAAUUCAGUCUUGGUGUACAGUAAUCUUGUAAAAAGUCUGAUGAACAGGGUGAACGAGUUAAAAAAGGAGUCAGAAGACAUUCAAUCAAUGCAUAGUGAAGAGCAAAAUAAUGCUAAAAAAUCACGUAAAGAAAUAAUAGAUAUGAAUCUUGAAUUAAAAAAUUACAAAGAGGCCAUCAAAUAUGAAAUGGAGAAGAAAUUUAAAACUACAGCAAGUUGGAGUUUUAUAGAUAAUAUGGAGAGGACUUUGAUCAACUAUAUGAUUAUUUGUUCUAAUUCUAAUAGGGACGAAAUGAUUGGACGUUCUACUAAGGAAAUUAAAUUAUUGAAAGUAUGAGUACCGGGUGAUCUAUUUAAGUGGGUGCACUCAUUAUCUCGGAAAGUAUUAAAUUUUUCCGGAAUUUUUUUUCUAGAACAUUUAAAAAACAAAAAUCUCUACAAUUUUAUUGUAAUGUUAUUUUUUGCCAUCCUUGUUUUUGGGAGUAAAACCAAUAGCUACUUUUGAUUUUCAAACGGCAACCUAUAUUAAAAAUUCGAUAAAUAGAUGGAGUAUUAGUUAAAAUAAAUUUAAGUGUCAGCAUUUUUGAUUUCUGUCAAUUAAAAUUAAAAUUUAAAAUUAAAUUUAAAUUUAGGUUGGAGGAGAGUCGUGGUACGUUAUAUUAACACGCCGCGCGCUGUACCGCUACAUAAAUGAUACUCUACUUCUCUUCUCCAACCAAAAUUUAAAAGUGUAAUAUUUCAUCAACGGAUUGACGGAAAUCAAAAAUUUAUUUUUUACUACUCCAUCUAAAUACUUUAAAAACUUCAUCUAUUUAUGGAAUUUUAAGUAUAGGUUGCCAUUUGAAAAUCAAAAGUAGCUACUGCUUUUAUCCUCCCCCCCCCCAAAAAAAAGGGUGGCAAAAAAUAACAUAAACAUAAAAUUGUAGAGCAGCUUGUUUCUUAAAUGUCUAGAAAACAAAUGCUAAAAAAAGAUAAUACUUUCUGAGAUAACGAGUGUACCCACUUAAAUGGAUCACCCGGUACUAUAAUAUAAUAUUAUAAUACAUUUGCAGUUUAUACUAUUAAAUUCUAAAUUUUGAUUUGAUUUAUUUUCAGAAACAAAUCAGUGAUUGGCAAGAAAUAUUGGUCGAUUUGUUAGCGGCUCAAACCAUCAAAAAUAUUACUUUAAAUAGUGUUCGCGUAUGCUAUUGGCAAACUCAACGAUUGCUAAGUGUCCAACACCAAAAUUCUGUAAAUAUUACUUUCAAAAUACUAUUUAAUAAUUAUAUUUAAACUAUCAGUUUAGUACCCUACUAAGUCGAAAUAUGAAUUGUAGAAACUUUUAGGUGCAUUGUAAUGUUGUUUGUUAUUUGUAAUCAUAUAAGGUACAAUAGGUAUAUUAGAUUAUGUAUAAAUAUUUUUUUUUUUUUUUUAUGUACACAGAUAAAGCUUAAACAUUUAACGGAAGCCGACGAAUCGAAUACAUCGGAUUUAGACAAUAUAAAGGACAUCUACAGCACUUUAUUGAAACGCAAAGAAGACCUAUGCAAAGAGAUCCAAUCGCUAAAUCAGAAAGGCAAAACGUUCCAUUCUGCAAUAUAA